AUGAAUAUAACUCCGACUACUGAAAAUCGGCCUCGACAAAAAGAUAAUAAUGAUGAUAAAUCAAAUUUUGUUGGUUUUGCUAAUUUACCAAGUCAAAUUCAUCGUAAAAUAACUAAACGUGGUUUUGAAUUUACUGUUAUGGUUGUUGGUGAAAGUGGACUUGGUAAAGCAACAUUGAUCAAUAAUUUAUUUCUAACUGAUCUUUAUCCAGAACGACAUAUACCUACUGCUCAAGAGAAACUUCGUCAAUCGGUUAAGAUUGAUGCAUCAACUGUUGAAAUUGAAGAACGUGGUGUUAAAGUACGUUUAACUAUUGUUGAUACACUUGGUUAUGGUGAUAAUCUCAAUGGUACUGAGAAUUAUAAAUCACUAUCAAAUUAUAUUGAUAAUCAAUUUGAACGUUAUCUAAAAGAUGAAAGUGGCCUUAAUCGUCGAAAUAUAGCCGAUAAUCGUAUUCAUUGCCUUCUUUAUUUUAUUUCAUCAUUUACACGAGGCCUUAAACCAUUAGAUAUUGAAUGUAUGAAAGCAUUACAUCAUAAAGUAAAUAUUGUUCCAAUAAUAGCCAAAGCUGAUGCAUUAACAACUAUAGAACUUAUUCGAAUGAAACAAACUAUUCUUCAACAAAUUCAUGAUAAUCAUAUUGAAAUCUAUCAAAUACCUGAUUGUGAUUCUGAUGAAGAUGAAGAAUUAAAAGAAAAAAAUCUUGAAUUAAAAAAAUGCAUUCCAUUUGCAAUAAUUUCAUCGGAACGAACUUAUGAAGUAGGAGGAAAACAUAUUCAAGGACGAAUGUAUCCAUGGGGUUUAGUUGAAGUUGAAAAUAAUAAUUACAGUGAUUUUCUUAAACUUCGAUCAAUGUUAAUAAUACAUAUGCAAGAUUUACAAGAAGUAACACAUGAAGUUUAUUAUGAAAAUUAUCGAUCAAAUAAAUUACAAUUAAAAAAAUUUAUUGAUAAUGAUGAAAAACAGAAAAAAUUAAUUCAAGAGAAAGAUAUUGAACUUCGACGAAUGCAAGAUAUAUUAGCAAAAAUGCAAGAACAUUUAACUGAAAAACAAAAAUAA